GCCAAUUCUUGAAUCCAACUGGUGUACAGCUCUUUAUUGAAACCUAUGCCACCUAUCACAUCAAAGAAUUGGUCUUUUUCCUUCUCUAUCAAAAAUCAAAAAUAUCAAAAAGGAAUCAUUUCUUUAUUGCAGAGGCCAAAAUUUGAAUCUUUGGGGAAACAAUGACAGAGGUCCUCCAUUCGUCUUGCUCCUCUCCAUCGUCUUCUCCUACAGUUAGGGCAUUGUCUUUUGAGGAAGAAGAGGAAAUAGAUAAGGAGAGAGAUCAGUUGUCUCUGUUGGCCAUUUUGGUGACUUUGUUCAGAAAGAGUUUCUGGGUGGCUUGCAAGACUGAUAGUGGAGGAGAGCUCUGUGGUCCUGGGAGGAUGGAGAUUGGAUGGCCUACUAAUGUGCGCCACGUUGCUCAUGUUACCUUCGAUAGAUUCAAUGGCUUCUUGGGUCUGCCUGUGGAGUUUGAGCCUGAGGUUCCCACAAGAGCCCCUAGUGCAAGCACUACUGUUUUUGGAGUGUCAACGGAAUCUAUGCAAUUAUCGUUCGAUUCCAGAGGGAACAGUGUUCCAACUAUUCUCCUGUUGAUGCAAAGGCGUCUAUAUGCUCACGGUGGCCUGCAGGCUGAAGGAAUUUUCAGAAUAAAUGCAGAGAACGGGCAGGAGGAGAAUGUAAGAGACCACUUAAACAGUGGAGUAGUUCCAGAAGACAUUGAUGUACACUGUCUGGCAGGCCUCAUUAAGGCUUGGUUCCGAGAACUCCCAAGUGGGGUGUUGGAUUCUCUUUCUCAGGAGCAGGUAAUGCAAUGCGACUCGGAAGAGGACUGUGUUGCACUCGUAAGACUAUUGCCUGCCACGGAAGCUGCUCUUCUCGACUGGGCCAUCAACUUGAUGGCUGAUGUUGUCCAAGAAGAACAUCGAAACAAGAUGAAUUCGCACAACAUCGCAGUGGUGUUUGCCCCGAACAUGACACAGAUGGCAGACCCGUUGACUGCACUGAUGUAUGUAGUCCAGGUGAUGAACUUCUUGAAGAGACUUAUCGAGAAGACAUUACGAGAAAGAGAAGAUUUCCUUGCAGAACUAUAUCCAACUCCCAGCCUCGAGCCAUCUGGCGAGAAUGGCCACCAAAGUCCACCACAACUUAUCCCGGGGAAAAACAAAAAGUCAGUUGAAGGGUUAACAGAAGUGUUCUCCGAAAAGGAACCCUACCUGGAGAGCUUUUCUGAUUCUAAUAAACUUUCUAACCUCGCCAAUGAAGAACAUACUUCUACGGAGGAAUCUGAUACAAACGGGUUCAGUGUCCACACUACGACUAAUGCAAGAGAAGCUGGUGUCAUGAAUUUCGAGCAGACAGACCACAAAGUAGGCCGGUCUAACAAUUAUAAGCAGGCUAAUGGCCCCGUGACAGUUAAUGUGCUUCGGGCUGUUGUUCAAUCUCUAGGAAUCGAUGUUAAAUUCCAAGGAAUUAGCAAUUUCAGCCGAAUCAAUUCCAUUUCAGAGCGGGUUGAGACCUGGAGAUGAAGAAGGGCAUUAUAGCUUCCCACGCUGACUGACUUGGUAACACACCACCAGUCUUCUGUUUGAUUCCGAAAUUCGUGGAUUGGCAUUUGUUUGAUUCUUUGUGGUGGCUGUGAAGUUUGAUUAACUUGUUGCAGUUUCAUGUGCACUUUGUACAUCAACAUUCUGCUAACUGAAUACUAGAAUUCAAUUCUCAUGUUUUGGUUUGUCUCUCUCCAUCUAUUAUGCAACAGUAUUGCCAUGACUAAAAGUUUGUGUGAUUGAGAAAGUAAUUAUGAACAGAUACUGCAUUGUAACAGAGUCACUAGUAUUCAAAAAAAAAAAAAAGUUUGUGUGGGAGAAUUGCCUUUUA